CUCGCCUCGCAAUUCAAUAUUUUUCCUUUUGGUACCUUUUGAAAAAACACCAGCCAUUGGCGAAAAGGUUUUAGCCACUAAAACCAAAACCAACAUUCUAUCAUCCCUCAAAAUCUUCUUCAUUCCUCUUCUUCGAUUCUCCGCAAAUCUCUUCUCAUUUCCCAAACCGUCAGUAAUCCUCUCUCUCUCUCUCUCUCCUGCGAAUUCGAAAAGUGUGUUGUGUGUCUCAAACCCUAACGUGGCAAUUAGGGUUUUGUUUCUGGAUUUUUUAUCCGUUUUCGCCGUAGAAACGUAUAGAUUUCUACUCCAUUUGAGUGCUCAAGCUUUUGCAUUGCGAAGAUUCUUUCAGAGGUAAAAGGAUGAAUAGUGACAAAGGAGAAAAGACUUGUCCUCUAUGUGCCGAGGAGAUGGACUUGACUGACCAGCAUUUCAACCCUUGCCAAUGUGGUUACCAGAUAUGUGUUUGGUGUUGGCAUCAUAUUAUAGAGAUGGCCGAGAAAGAUAAGACACAUGGACUCUGCCCUGCUUGUCGAACCCCUUAUGAUAAGGACAAGAUUGUUGCAAUGAAUGCUAGCUGUGAAAGGUUGGUUGCUGAACUUAACAAUGACCGGAAAAAAUCACUCAAGGCUGCCGCCGCCAAGCCUAAAGCUGCUUCAGAGGGAAGGAAAGAUCUAAAUCUAACUGGUGUGAGAGUCAUUCAGAGAAACUUGGUUUAUGUUAUGAGCUUGCCUUUCGAUCUUGCAGAUGAAGACCAGCGUUUUCAGAGGAGAGAAUACUUUGGUCAAUAUGGGAAAGUCGUUAAGGUAGCAAUGUCUCGAACGCAAGCAGGGGAUAUCCAACUCUUUCCAAACGAUUCCUGCAGUGUAUACAUUACUUACUCCAAAGAAGAGGAAGCAAUUCGAUGUAUCCGAUCAGUACAUCAAUUUGUUUUGGAUGGUAGAAUUCUGAAGGCAUGUUUUGGGACCAUGAAGUACUGUCAUGCGUGGUUAAGAAACAUGCCUUGUAACAAUGCAGAAUGUCUUUACUUGCAUGAGAUCGGUGCCCCAGAGGAUAGUUUCACAAAAGAUGAAACCGUAUCAGUGCACAUGAGGAAAAUUAUUCACGAAAUUACUGGUGCGGUGGCUAAUUUUCCGCGGCGUUCAGGAUAUAUGUUACCUCCACCAGUGGAUGAUUUUGUUGAUAGACAUAUUCCAAAAUGUGUGCCGAAUAAUUCACAGAGUGUGGCUAAAACUUCUCGCCCAAAUAGUAGCAACGGCCGAUCUGUUACUCUUCCUGCUGGAGCCUUGUGGGGAAUGCAUGCUUCAAGCCAAUCUUCGGUACCAAAUACACCACGCUCUGGCGAACCCUUAAGAGAUAAAGCAGUCACAGUCUCAUCUGGGGAGCUAUUGAAUAGUCAGAGUGAUUUUCCAGAGUUUUCCUUGGUUAAUAGGCCCCAGACCAGUAAUAAUAAGACACUAGUUUCUGCAAAUAUGGAUACUACUAGAGCUGUUAGUGUGCCGUCAACUUGCACAGAUUUUCUAGAGCCUACUUCUCAGUCUUGUGGAGAUAAAAAGAUUAGUAGAGGUAUACAGAGUGUUUGCAGCAACUCUGUGGCAGUUGAUGCAGAUAGUGUUGUGGAUGGCUAUGGAAGGCUAAGUAGGUCUGACAGUUCAGAUGUUGAUCAAGCUUCCUUAAAGUCGUCUCGUACAGAAGUGUCCCGAGACUCUCUACAGCAUUUAGCCAAUGAAAUUAGAGAAGUGCGCCAAUUAAAGAAGACUGGUCUAACUAACACAAAUGAAGUUGUCUUCCCAAGAGAAGAAGUUAAUGCAGGCACUGCUUUGAUGUCUCCUUUGGUAACAGAUAUAUCAUCUUUCAUUAGAGAAAGACUCAAGGAUCCUGAAGUUUUUAGCUGUCAGCCCAAUAAAUCUGGUUUCCUACGCACUAUGCAGCCUUCUUCAUCCCAGUACAAGGCUGAUCAUGAUGAAACCAAGAGUCUGUUUGGGUCCUCCUCGGCUGAAAGCAGAGGAAUUAAUAUAGCUUCCAUCUCACAUGGAGAGCAACAAUCAAAUGGAAACUCUAGGAGUGAAAUAGAUGACAGGAUUGCAAAUAUAUUGUCGUUAGAUCUUGAUGAAUACUUGACAUCAUCAACUCAUAACUUGUCGAAGCAACUAGGGGCAGGAGACUCAGAGGCCAGGUCUCGUAAGGCAGCCAGUUCCUGCGAAUUUAAGAACAAUCAGUCCCGAUUUUCUUUUGCAAGGCAAGAUGAGUCAAAGGAUCAAGCUUUUGGAUCUUAUAACGUCUUUAACCAGAUACCACAUAGCAGUAGUGACUUGUACAAAAAUUCUUCAGAACAACAGAGUUCUGAUUUGGAUAUGCUUGGGAUGUAUAAUGGUAUUUCAUCCAGUUAUCUCAAAGGAAUGGAUCAUGUCACGCAAAACUCCACUUUGCACUCGUCUUAUAAACCUCCUCCUGUUCCAAGAUGUCCGAUUACAGCGCCACCUGGAUUUUCAGUUGCUAGUCGACCUCCUCCUCCUCCAGGCUUCGCGUCAAAUGGGAGAGAACAUCAGACAUUUAAUGGCUUUUCAGGAAACCAUCGUUAUUCUGAUUCACCAGUGUACAUAAACCCAUAUCAUCAGUCACUUCCAGUUGAAAACAAUGGUGGUGUCAGAGAUGUUCAGUUUAUGGAUCCUGCGAUUAUGGCUGUAGGUCAGGGCUUUGAGAAUCCAAGCCUAGAUUACCGAUCAAACUUUCAAGGAAACACAAACAUGUUUGCAAAGUUUCAACAACAACAGGCAGCAGUGCAGAGCCCUUUGUCUUCGCAUCAGAACUGUAGACUCACUGACUCUUUCGGAAUGGCAUCAAGGUUUAUAGAUCAAUCUCAAGGGAGUAGUAGUAACAUACUAUCUAGGAACAUGGGCUUGCCUAAUGGCCAGUGGGAUGGGUUGAGCAACGAGAUCCAAAGUCUAAACAGGCUCCAGAAUGAGAGAUUUAGUGGGUCAACAAAUCGUAUGAUGAAUGGUUACAAUGGGAGUUUCAGGAUUUAAACACAACAUGUCAGAAUCAGGCAGUGGUCCAUCACUGGUCUGGUCUAGGAACUGCACUUAGAUCGCCUCAACCUUUAGUCUUAGUUUCUGGUUACUUAGUAACUGAGCCAAAAGAGAGGUGGUUGUAAAAAACUUUAGGAUUUCUUUUGUUGGUUUAUAUGCAUUUCAUCACAACAUUUAUUUGGUUUUGAAAUAUGUCAAAUAUGAUUCAGUUA